UGGUGUCACAUGGGAGGGGCCUGGGUUGCAUGUAGGCUAAAGCUAGCUCUCUCUUAUUUCCCUGGCAAAUGUAGUCACCACAACCAGUCACACGUCUCUCCUCCUCCUCCUCCUCCUCCUCCUCCUCCUCCUCCUCCUACACUUGUUUCCUUACUUCAUCCCUCUCUGCCGCCUGCCUGACACAAGCCCCACAUAUCCCAGGAGGAUAAGAUGCCAUGGAGGCCACAGGAGGAACGGUGCUUAACGUCUGCUCUGUUCUCCUCUUCUUCUUCCUCACAGGUGAGCGCUGGGUUGUUGCUGUGGAGGGCUGUUCUGUUUGGGUUAUCUGUGUUGUGUUGUUGCAGCUAUUGCAGUUACUGUGGUUUCUGUGUUUGCUUGCCUUGCAGGGUGAGUUAGGGAAGUUUUUUUUCAUGUGUGCUGUACAAAAUGUACCUAAAACCUUGUAAAAUUAUGACUUUUUAAAGGUUAACACUGGAAAAAAGUGAAGAGGAUUGGCUGCAGAGUAAAAAAAGGGAAAAAAUGCAUUGUGUUGGUACAAAAAGGGAAUUUGAAUACUUAAACAGCAUGUUUUCUGUGUUGUGAGAAGAGAUAUUUUGUGAAAUUCUUGUUUUUUGGAUUCGAGCUGAAAAAUAUCACAAAACAAGCUGCAAAAUCUAAAAAAAGACAAACAGUGCCUCAGUGGGAGACAAAAUUCAAAGACUGCUUCAUGUUUUUCCCGUUAUCAAAAAAUAUUAAAAAAAUUACUGUUGUUUGAGGGCUAAGGAUGACAAAUUAUGGCUGCAAAAUCAAAAAAGGACCAGAAAUUGUAUCAGAUGAACUGGAUUUUGCAUGGUUUGAGUUUGAAUGGGGUGACAUGUUAUGAAAUCAUUGUUUUUAAGUCUGGAGAAAUAGUGACUGAACCAGGGAGAUAAGAAAGAAAAUGCAUUGUAAUCACCACAAAUAGCAAAUUUAAGGAAUAAUAUGACUGGAUGUUGAUUUUUAAGACUCUGGCCAAUAAAUGUGUAAAGAAGGAUGCAAUUUAAAAAAACAAAAAUAAGAUCUCUGUGUUAAAAAAUGCAACAUGUGGCGCUCUUAUGUCGAAAAUCAACAGGCUACAGUGGCUAUUCACUGAAGUUGGUCCCCUCAUCCUUUUAUGAUGUAAAUUUAAGCCCCUCAGAGAGCUGCUUUUGAGCAUAUUUGGUGUUUUUUGCAUGUACUGUAUCCUCCAUAAUCACUCUUGUGUGAUUUUAUAAGAGUAGCUCCUCUCUUGUUGGCGCAUGUACUGAAGGACUUUAGGAGCAGGACACUGGAAAGCAGAAGUGGUUUUGGCCACAGCCGGGUGACUCAGUAAUAACAGACAUAUGACCAGAUAUGUCUGACAUGAGAAAAAGCCCCUAAAACAUGAAGGUGGGCUCUGCUCCAGCUCUGUUUGUAUCAUCAACCUCCUUUGAGGAGCUGUUUGUCUUAUCUCUAAGGAGGCGAGUGAUGACGGCGUAAGGACAUGCACCAGGACACUUUAUUUAGUGUCUAAACAUCUGGGAUGUGUGUGUGAGGGUGAUAAGAGGCAGGUGCAUGUUGGUCUGUUUAAAUGUGUUAGUGUGUAUGUGUGUGUGUGUGGCCACUAAAUGAAGUUAUCCUCUCACCUCACACUCUAUUGUCCUUCGCAUCACCACAACAAUAUGUGCCUUGUUUUGGGGACAACAGUGAAGGAGCGGGCUCGGCACACUCCUCUUUCUGCCUUUUCACCAAGUCUCAGCUGGUGUAAACACAGGCACACUCCUGCUACUGAUACACACACACACACACACACACACACACACACACACACACACACACACACACACACACACACACACAGAAAGUAGCCUGAGGGCUUGUAAGAGUGGAGCGUGUCGAAGGGCUGUCUGCCCUGUAUGUUUUAUUUAGGACAUAACACCAGAGACACAGUGAGUCUAUUGUGAUGUACAACAUGGUCAGAAGUAAGCAGGGACCUGGGUGACACCCGCUGGGUGUCCCCAGGGAGGAAAUAGAGGUGGAGCGGUUAGAGGGUAUGAGGGCAGAGGAGGGGGUAAAAAUAAGUGAUUCGAGGUGUAAAUGCACAAAGACAUCUGUCACACAGAUGAGAGGCUGAGGCAAUUCAUCCGAUAUUUUCUCCUUUCCAAUGUAAAUUGAACGUGAAAUGAGAGAAAAAGAGAGAAAUAGAUGCUACACAGACAGAAGUGAGACAAAAGGACACAAGGAAGAGGAGAGUGUGAGUUUUUAGUAAGUUUGCUCCACAGUAGUGCUGCCUACUCACAGGCUGCUGCUUCACUCAACCUGGCAUCCAAACACAGUGGCUCACUUUUUAACUUCGAACUGUCAGAAAAACUCAGAACAUGAAGUUUGAAGUUGUCAAAAUGAACUGCGAAAUUAUCUGUCACAGUGGAAAUGUCAGUGAUAUAUAUAUAUAUAAUGCUUGGACUGGAUUUUUUCCACAGUCUGGUUGUACCCUUAUCAAAAAGAAGUAUGUUGAAGUGUACUUCAAGUAUACUGUGUUUAAACUAAAUAUGAUUUUACUUUACUUUUUAUGCACUUUUCAGAGAUAUGCUUAACAAAGUUAAUGUUAAGUAGACUUGGCUUGUACUAAGAAUUAUACUAAAAGUUUAAUUAUAUUCAAUCUAUACUUAUACAUAAACUUUUGAUCAAGAUAUACCUAAGGUUGCAUUUGUGGUUUAAGUAUACUUGGUCAGUGAAUACUUCCAUAUAUCUUUUUAAGAGUAUGCUCUUAAAGACAUAAGCAGUACAAGCCGAGUAUUAUUGAAAUAAUACCAUACCAAGAGGUCAUUUUAAUUAUGCCUCCAAAUCAGUGUGCAGCUAGCUGAGUGGAUUAAGGCACACCCCAUGUUGGGGACUACAUUAAUAACAACCCAUAAUGUGCAAGCAAUUUUACUUUUAAAGCUUCUAUAGGAGAUUUUUGACAUUUAUGAAAUUCAUAUUGAUACUUUUUUUUACAAACAAUUUUACAACCCAAAGCAAACAAGACUAGCAGGGCAAACACUGAUGAUUUUAGAAAUUGUUUUUUUUUUAUGCCUGAAACAGGUGUAAGGGGAUAGGUGUCCGCCCGCCAGCUCUGUUUUUGUAAUUCUCAGAUGAAACAUUCAGAAAAAAUGAUACAUUCAGUUCUCAAAGGUCAGUAGGAUUACUAUUGUCUUCAGAAGACACUAUUUAUACAUGUAAACAACAUGCUAAAGAAAGACAAAAUUAAUACAAAAGGAGAGUUUUCACAGGAGCUUUUAAGUAAUGUUGUCAAAGAGAAAAAUCUCAUCCUCUUUCAAAGUCAAGUCAUCUAUCGUGGAUUUCUUAUUGGGAAAAAAAAAAAAAGGCUGCUUCUUCUUUGUCGACGCCUACCCCCUCACAUUAAUUUCAAGCACUAAAAGUUACAGUGCAGUACACAGUGGUCAAUCUUGUUGAUAAUGGUCUCUUUUGCACAACAUAAAAAAGCAUCAAUAUGAAUUCAAAUCUAUUCCAUGAGUGUCAAAAACUCCUCACAGGUGCUUUAACUACUUUUUUCAUAUAUGAAAUAAUACCUUUAAUUUGAAAUGAAAAUAACUGCAGAUGAACAACCUUGCCUCCUCCCACUCUUGGUGUUUGCGUUCCAAGUUGCCCCAGCAGGUUACUAGAGAAUAAACCGUCUUAGCUGCAAGCCAGGGCUUUUAGAACAGACAACAAGGUGCUAUAGAUCAACAGUUAUCGAGUGAUUUAAGACUGACCCAGUGUUUGUUUUGGGACUAGUUAGGAUCAAAGCGACAAGCCUCGUCCUUGUCUGACAAAAACAAUCACACUGUGUGGUGUGCUGGGUCAAUAUUAACUCACCAGAGUUUCAGGACCUGCUCAGUGUGGGGACUAGGAUGUAGAUUAUCGAAAGAAUCUUGUUAUGCAGCCUAUACAAGGCAUGAUCAUAUCUUUGUUACUAGAUAUAUUUCUAAUAGUGAUCAACCACGCAUGAGCCUAAAUAUUGUUGGUUUAAUACAGACUUGAUCACAGAUUGGUCAUUAGCAUUUACUGCCUUUGUUCAAAGGAUUUGUACAGUGGACAGAAACCUGGAAACAGAGAGUGGGAGUUGACCAUAGACUGAGUAAAACAUGGAUGGGAUCUCAGUGAUGUGCCUAUUGAUGGUGGAAAUGCUCACUCAAAAUAACUCCUGGUUAGCCCAGCAAGAGCUAACAGGGAGCUGAGGCAGGCCUGGAGCCUCCUGGCCAAACGCUAGAAUGUGCCUGCAUGUAAGUCAGAUCAGUUACACAGCUUAUGUCCUUUGUUAUGCAAAACCCAUUAUCUUAAAAAGAAUUUGUUGUACAAAAAGUCAUCCCCUAUGAUAGGAAAAUGGUCCAUCAGUCCAAGACCAUUUUUUGUAUGCUGUAAAUGAAUCUAAUCUUGCCUUAAAACGGGCUUUUUAACAUGGGUAUUGAUGGGACUACCUUAGCUUCAGGAGCCAGCCUCAAGUGGACCCUUGAGGAAUUGCAGAUUUGAACACUUCCAGACUGGUUUCAUUUUUCAACAUUAGAGCCUGCAGCUUGAGGAUGGCAUUGGGUUAAGGGAUUUGAGCCAGUGCUGUCCACUCAGAGAACUACAGCUUCUACACAUGAAGCCCAUGAUGACUGGGGUCCUUUGGCUGCAUGUAAUUUGGUAAAUGAGAAGAGUUAGCCAACAUGUUUUCAGUUUUACAGACAGUGAUAGGUCAAGGUCGUGUUUGUAGCUUUUUGUGCCACAUUCAAGUGUCCAAAAAGCAGAUUAUUGGAGAUCAAAUUGUCACAUCGUUGUUGCUCUCAGCAUUUAUAAAAUAAUAGGGUAUAAUAGCAGUUUACUUCUUUUGCACAUCUCGUCAAAUAAAUUCCACAAGCACAAACUGCUAUCCAAUCAGAGGUUAAUAUUUGGCAAACAGUUGGCAAACAGCAAAUAGUGAACCCACAAUGAUUUCACAUCACUCUCCUGUUUUUGUCUUCCUCUUUCCAGAGGUGAGCUCUGAGUACAUUCACAUCCCCACACUAGUGCAUCAUGGUAUUGAAGGGAAGUCCCUGCUCUUGUCUGUUGAGACCCACUUCUCCAUGGACGAGGUGGAGAUCCAGGGAACUUGGUCGCACACAAGGCCAAGCGGCACCAGAGCCACGUUGGUGACGUUCACCAAAGAGUCAUCGAUCACUGACAUGAUGUACAGAAACCACCUCCUCUUUAGAGAACCAAACGUUUCGCUGCUCAUCAGGAAAUUAAACCCAGACGAUGAAGGGGAUUAUACGCUGGACCUCAACAUCGAGUUUCAUAACAAGACAGGAUUGGUCAUAAAGGAGAAGAGAACUGUGCAUGUAUCAGUUGAUGGUAAGUGGUUUGGUGAUUUGAUGAGCAAACUGACUUUAUCUGUUGCUUAAACUCCAAACUGACCUUCACUUCCUGCUUGUUUUUCCAUAGUUCCUGUUUCGUCUCCAGUUAUUGAGAAGAGCCCGUCGUCUGCAGUGAUUGAGGACAAAGCAAAUGUAACUUUGUCUUGUUCUGUUGAAAGAGGAACACGAGUUGUGUUUCAGUGGCUGAGGGACAACAUUGCUCUUGGUCCUAACGACAGAUACCACUUUUCCCAAGACAACUCCACCCUGUUUAUCAGUCCUGUAAGAAAACAGGACAAGGGGAUGUACCGCUGUGUGGCCAGCAACCCUGUCAGCCCGGACCGUCACAGCAGGGGUGUGGAGCUCAAUGUCUAUUGUAAGUAUAAGCAAAAUAUAAAUCUGUGUUGUCCUUGCACCAAAACCAUUUGAGAUUUCAGGUCUAAUCCAGGAUUUCUACUGCAUCUGGAACAGUGGCGAUUUUCACCGUCCGCCAAUUCCUACCGAAUUAGUUUGUGAGGCGAAUUUCAUGGCGGAUUACAGACAGCAGGAAUCACAAGAACUCACAAGAACCCGCGGAUUCACAUGCAUUCACGCAAUAACAAGUUGUCUUUAGCCACAUAGACUAACCAUAUAAGCAGUAGAUUGUGUCCUUCCAGAGGAGGAAAUCUACUCCUAGGCCUCUAAAAUCAGCAUCCUCUCAUCCAUGGUGUCAUCGGGGUGAAAUGCUGUCUAUAAACCUUUCACUUGUUUGUCCCUGCCCGUCUUCAUGAUGUGAAAUAUGGUCCGCCUGAAACAUGGAGUGUUUUAUUUUGAGAAGAAGCCAGAUGUUUUAUUUUGUGUCUGAGCUCGACUUCCUUUCCAGCACAGGUUAAUCUGUGCUGAAUUUAUCCGGCAUGCUCUGGCGUUUGGAAAAAAUAGAACUCUUGCGAUCAGCUGCGGAGUCUGAUGAUCUGUAGUGGAACGGAAAGAAGCCAGUGGAAAUUGACACAUUGACUUGAACGGUUACGAUCAGCUACGAUCAGGGGAUACAGCCUUUUUGUAGCUGUUCUGGAUGUAGUGGAAAUUGGGGGUAAGCCUGCUAUCUCUGAUUGGACAGGAAGUCAAGCAUAUUACCUGUAAAUUCAGAAAUAACACAAAAUGCCAACUUGCAACAUAAUAUUAGAUUGAAUAGAUUCAAAUCAGACUGCAGUGUUUGGAAAGUGGGGGUCUGGUGGGACAACUUUUGUGUACUUGCAACAGCAAGCGCCACCGAGAAGUGCCCUGAACUCAAAGUAGUGGGCACUGCUAAAGACACAGGCCCUAAAAUGGAUUAUUUCCUAUGCAUGAUUCAUGGAGGCACCUGUGGCCUGGAUUUUAAGGUGACCAUUCUCUUUGUCAUGCCUUGUGAUCUGAAAGAGAUGGACUGGUUCUACCUACUUAUUUUCCCAAAUAACAGUGGCUGGAUCAUGGCAAAUUUCUCUGAACUUACCAUUCCUGCACAAACCUUUAUCUGUUAUCUAAAGGUGUGAUUUCUUUUACAUAACCCUUUUAAUUUGGCACACACUAGGUCCAGAUCAGUUUAAAUUUAUUCAUCUUUUUGUAGGAUGUAUUCAGCGCUAACCUCCUGAACCUUGCCAAAACUAACUUUAUAAUAACCAUCACUUGUCCACUCUCGUCUAGUUUUCACUCUUAUCGCACUGUUCUCCCUGAGCCAGACUGCAAGAUUGUAUGUAAAUGUGUAUGAGGGCAAACUUCUUUCUGACUGAAAACACGUGGUUGAUCGGGAACAUUAUUUGCAUGGAGGCACAUGUACCUCACAGAGCUCCACUGUUCUGCCCAUAAAGUGUGUAGAUGCUCUGAUAAAAAGGUUCAGCUUUGAGUCUGAGGUUGUACUGAGAAAAUAAUCUUUCCAUGAAUUCAUUUGAAUGUGGCUCCACAUAACUGACUUCUCUGGUUUGAUGGGACGUAAAGGAGUUUAUACAUCCGUGUGAAAAACCUAAAAUUUCAUUUGUUUUUGUUUCUUAAUUUCUCUGUAUGAAAAUGAGCAGUUUGGCUGUCGUUAAUUUAACAUUGCCAUCAUUAAACAUUUGGCAGCAUUCUGCUAAAAGUAAUACUACUAUCAUCCAUUCAGUUGAUUACUUAUUAAACCAAUUUCAGUUUAUGUUUUAGGCAGUCUGUGAAAAUCUACUCACAGGAGCUUUAAUUUAUUAGCACUACUGAAUUGACACCUUAGGUCUUUCUUAAAGCACAUGUGGGGUACUUUUGGUUUUUGUGACCCAUUUGGUAGCUCUUAUCUCCUUGUGAUUUUGCCCUCUAUGCACUGAAGUGUUUUUUAACCAAAAACCCUAAUAAAGCUUUGUCAUAGCCGUCAAAUGUGUUGAGUCACAAAGGUUUUUAUCGUAGCAGUCAGUCUAUCACUCUGUUUGACACCUACCCUGCAGCACUGGUUUUGAAAACAAUAAUAUAGAAACCAUUCUUCUUUUCAUUAAUUACAAUCUUUGCUUGAGUCUAAAAUUCAUUCUGUUUUAUAACCAGCUAUAAAUUCCUUACAGGAGCUUUGAAAACACAUAACUGAGAUUUACUGCCCAGUGUAGAGAUAAUAGUAAGAGACUCUCUCUUUGUCGCUACGUUGUUAAGUACUUCUUUUUUUGUUACAUGUCUUCUCAAGCUCUUAAUUUGAAGGGCAAGCAAUGUUCAAGGCAAUUUCAAUCAGAGCAACAGUUGCCUACUAUAACUAUCAUAUCAACUUUGGGCUAUCAUAUUUGACCCAAUCUCGGUCCCCGCAGAUGGCCCCUACAACCUGGAGGUGGACUCAGUCCAGAGCCUGCGGAUAGGGGAAGUGUUCACCAUCAACCCAGGAGAGCUGGUCUUCUUUGAAUGCCGGGCUGAUUCCAACCCACCCAACAGCUACGUCUGGAUCUCCACGAGCCGGAAUUCCACUCAGGUCAUCACUGAAGGCCCACGGUUAGAGGUGCGCUUCUAUCGACUUGCUCAGGCUGAGGAGUACCUGUGCCGAGCUUUCAACAACGUGACACAGAAGCAGGACGAAGCCCGGAUUACUCUAGUGGUGGCCAGCUUUGGACCAGGUGGGUAGGAGGUGGAACAUGGCAGGAGGGAGCUGAGCGUGGGUAGGUUUUGGGAAUCCUCUGAGAUAAACACUCUGUAAACAGUGUGUCAUGCCAAAAACAACUGAGGUUUAUAAGCUACAGAAGAUAUAUCAUUAUCCUGACAAUGACAGGCAAACACCAUGGCCAGGUAUGUAGAAAAAAAGCAAGUUUAACAUUGUGUACACAACAGGUGAAAGGAAAAUCUAGGCUAUGGCUAUAACAUGAAAUAUACAUGGCUAUUGAGGGCAUUAUUUUUAAUCUGUGUUGCUAGGUUUCUGAGCCUGCUGCUUGUAUUAAAGAUCAGUGGCUGGGAAAGCAAACAGUGGACGACAGCUGUUGUAUUUGUUGACUAAGUUUUAUAGCAUGCAGUUUCUGUGUGCUGAAUGUGACAUUGAUAUGUUGUCUUGGUGAUACAGAGAAAGGCUGAUAGCCACUGCUGAUACUGGCUAUGAUUUAAACUGCUGUUUACCGACUUACAGGACUCACUGAAGCCCCAGCCUUACCUGACAUCAAAAUCUGACAUCAAUCACAUUAAAUAACCUUCACACAUACAAAAAAGUCUCACAAUGACUAUUCAAAAUUGAACUGUACAAGUAGAACCUGAGAUGUGCCGGUCCAGGUUUAAGUGCUGGACCAUCAUUGUUGUUUCUCAAUUGAAGAUUGCCUGGUAAAAAUGUUCAUACUGGUGUUCUUUAUGCUUUUGCUUACAGGCAAAGAGAAACACAUCCAGGACAGUGGCUCUGUUUCCCCUCUGGCGGCCAUUACAGUCUGCUCCUUGUUUGUAAUCGGCUGCAUGCUGCUGUUUUUCCUCAGGAGAACGUGCCAUCCUAAAAGAGGUUAGAUAAAUAGAGGUUCUUUUACUGCUUUGACAGAUGUGGUUUUUCAGCAGUAGUCCAUGCUAGCUCCUUAAGUCAGCUCUGCAACCUGUUUAACAUGUUCUAUGUUUGAAUUUCACAUACAUGAGAUGACACUUAACGGCUUAAUGGAGUGAGAAAUUGCAUGUGGACGGUUAACAUUUAUGUAGGUAGCUUGAAACUGUAAGACAAACUGAAGGCAAACAAAGAAAAGUAACUUCUUUAUUUGACUAAGACCAGGUUAUUUUGAAAAGUAAAACCAUGUUUUUCUCUCUUUCUCUUUGUCCCUUUAACCAACAGUGCUCAUGAGUAUCUAUAACAGGUAAGUGCCCCUAAAUUUCCAGGAUUACAAAUCUUUACUUCAUCAUUGUUAUGACUGUAUGCCAGGAGGCAAUAACCUUUUUUAUCUGGCUGUGUUUGUAGGCCACUUUCGGAGCAGAAGAGACCACAUCGUUCAGGUAGGCUAACGUCUGAAAACGUGCUUUUACCUUCUUCUAAAGUUAAACAAUGCAAUAACUUAUUGUAGCCAUACUGCUUUGACGAAUAGAGAUGAACAGAGUAGAUCUUGGUUUAGGGUCCUGUAAAAAUUCAUCAUAUGUCUCUUUUGAAUCUUUAGGUCACGAGGAUGCAACGGAAGACUUCGGCAUCUAUGAAUUUGUGUCUAUACCUGGGAAAAUGGAAUCAGCACAGGUGUGUAAUGUAGCACAAUAAAGGCUGUUGUUUGCCGUUGAGCUAUUGUGAACAUUAGCAUUCAUUUUCCUCCCGUCUGUCCCCCAGGCGUCGUGCAGGUCUCUGGCUCGUCUGGAGUCGGUUCAGGAUAUGCACACCACCAUCUAUGAUGUGAUCAGACACGUUCCUGAAACACCCAGCCACAGUUUGCUGAAGUAACCUCUGUUUUGGUGUUACUUGCAGUUGUUUGACUUGAAGACUCUUGUGUAGCUUUUUUCCCUUUAAUCUCUGCUGUCAAAGCCUGAAACUGGAUUUGAUGGCCCUUUUUUGCACAAGGGAUGAAGGAGACUUGUGACCUGAUCGUGCACUGUUAUCGCCCACACUUUGGGACGGAUUUUAAAUGUGUUUUCUUGACAUUGUUGUGAGAUGAAAGUGUAUGUAUGGCUUGAAUUAAGUCUUUUUUUAUGUGAAUGUAUAUCUGAGCUUAAAUUUUUUCUUCUUUUUUCAUUCAGAAACAAAGAUCACUGUUAUCAUAUUCAACCAAGCAAAAUAGCAGUGGCUAAUUUUACACCAUAUCAUUUUUACGGUGCCCUUAGUCUCCUCGGUUUGAUUGUAUUAACACAUAUUUAAUUUAAAAGACUAAAUUAUAUGAAUAUCAAUAAUAUUAACGCCAAGGAGAUUCAGUUUUGUGAGAAGACAAGUGUUAUAAUGAAUGCAUUUUCUUGUAUGAAAUAUAUAUAAAUAAGUGUAAAUACUGUACAUUGAUGAUGCUGCAGAUUCUACUUAUUCUAUUUCUAUGUUUUGUCUAAAUCUAUUUAUUCGUAUAGAAACACUCGCCCUUUUUCCUCACAAAUGUAGCAUUUCCUCUGCUCAUCAUAGAUUUAAUGAAAUGCUGAAACAGAGAAAAACUGAUUCUGUACAGUUUGCAUCCAAAUGUAUGUUUUGUACUUUAUUAAAAUAUAUCUCUAAUA